GACAUCAUUGAUCCGUGGUUGAGAAUGGAGAAUUCAACAUCAGAUAGUGAUAGUGGACGAGGCGAUAUACUGACCACCUACAACACUGGUCGAGUAACUAAACCACCACCUUCUACCUCCGGAAAAAUCUCCAAGUCCUGUGACCAUUGUAAAUUAAAGAAAAUUAAAUGCGAUCAAAAGAAACCCACUUGUGUGAAUUGUGUAAAGUAUGGGGAAACUUGCAUAUACAGCGUGAUGAAAAAGCCCGGGCUAAGGUCGGGUUAUGGGCAACAAGUUUUUGAACGAAUUGAAGAAUUGGACAAUUUUUUGGAAGAGAAAUUUGAUACUCUUGAAAAACGCUAUACUGGUCCCAGUGUCGCCACCUCCUCAACUAUUAGACCAAUCCCAUUGAAUUUUCAAUCAACAGGUACUGAUCCCAUGAAUCUUUCUACCACUAAUCCAACCAUAACGCCCAAUAGUGCUUUGAUUUCUGCUGGUCCAGGUCCAAUGUUCACUAGAAAUAAUUCUUCCAACAACUACACUCCUAACACAAACUCGGCAAUUUCACCACCUGAAGACAUUGAUAGCCUUCCUCCUUUGGAUAAGAUUGAGGUAUUGGUAGAGUUGUAUUUUGAACUUGUGAACCCUGUGUUUCCAAUUCUUCAUCCAACGUUGGACAGGCCAAGAAUCUUGAAAACUAUUGACACUUCUAACUUCUUGUUGUUGGGUGUCCUUGUAUCUACUGUUAAAUUACAAAUUAACUUGUUCAGUCCUCAAGAGGCCGAAAGAUAUUUUGCAUUUAUUAAGUCCAAAAUCGUAUCUUCAUGUUUUGCUGUGAGGACUAUCCAAGAAUUAAGAGCUGUUGCUCUUUUGGCAUUCACAUUAUAUGGAGAGUCUAAUAACCAUGAAGCAUGGAGCAUGAUAUCCUUGGCUGUUGGGGGAUGUCUUCAUUUGGGGAUUAUCAAAGAUUUCCCAUUAAAUAAUGAUCUAUUGGGAAUCCCUCAGAAUGAGUUGGUUUCUCUCAAUAGAACAGAAGGAGCCGAAUGGGAAGUUUGGGCUGAAAAGGAAUCCAUACGAUACUUAAUGUGGGAAGUCUAUAAGCUUGAUAAGCUCUCGAGUAUGGGAAGCCAUUUUGUGUCAAAGCUUCCCCAGGAAGAGGUGUCUAGCUUACUUCCAUUGAAGGCUGAUUUCUGGGAAUUUAAGUCUUUGUAUAACAAGGCGUUGAUUGAAAAAGAACAGACACAUACUUUGAAUGAUUUCAAUUUCAAGCCUGGUAACAGGGAUAUUUAUGGUAGUAAUUGCUACUUAAUCCAAGUUUUAAACCUUAUGGGAAGAGGUCUGAAAUUUAGAGGAAGCCCCAUGGAUAUUAAAGAUAUGGGGAGUAUAUUAGCCUGGCAAUUGGGUUGUUAUGAGUUUGAAAAGGAAAUUCAAGCCUGGAAAUCAAGCUUGCCUGAUAAUGUAUCCCAAUUUCUUGAUAGCGAGAUCUUGAUGUCAAGCCAAAUUACUGUCAAAGACGUGAUUCUUCAUUCGUUGUACCAUACCAUGAUCAUAAGGUUGCACUCUCCAACUGCAUUCUCUGAUUCCCAAGAUAAGUAUCUUAUUUCUGCCCAAACUUCAAAGGCUAAAUGCUUGAAAUCUGCCCAUCUAAUCUUAAAGAUAUCCAAGUCCUUACCAUCACUUUUCCAAAUUGAUGAAGAAUCAGUGUUUCCAAUUUUUGGCCCUUAUUAUGCUUUUUCAAUUUGGGUGAGUGGCAGAGUAAUACUUGUGGAUGCUAUUCAUUCACAAGGUCAACUAGAAGGAGAAUUUGAUUAUGCCAUUAGUCUUUUGAGAAGAAUAGGCCAGAAAUGGGAAUGUGCCGCCAAGUACGCAAACAUUCUUGAAUUUUUCAAAGACGAUACUAUGACAGUGGAUACUUCAAGUCAUGAUGGAACAGGAGAAUUCUAUCUGUCUAACUCAUACAGUGAAGAUGCUAGAUUGAUAGCUGACAUUAAGCUUAAUGCUAGUUCUCUUGAUUCUCUCCUUUCUAAGAAAGUAGCAAGGUAUAAAAAUGCUAAGGGUAACAUAGACGAUUUAUCAAUCUUUGAUUGGUUCAAGUUACCACUUAAUAAUGUUUUUAUGCCUUCGCAAAUGUAUUGAUAUAAUAUAAAUGUAAACUAGUUAACCUGAAAAACCAAUUACUCUUCCUUUUCUUGUUCAAUCUUCAAGGGUCUCUCUGGAGUUGGGUUGAACAAGGCGUCACCUUCAAUCAAUUGAAUCUUAGGGUUAAGGGUAAGACCGAACCCUGGCUUGUCCAAAAUGGAAGUGUUAAGGUAUCCCUCUGUGGGAACUGGUUCAUCGAGGAAAAGAUUACCAAAGACAGGUAAAACACUCUUCGAAUCUGGGGAGUUAGCAAGAUAUUCAUGGAAGGGGGUGUUUGGUUGAGAAAUGACAAAGUGGUAAGAGUAAGGACCAGAAGCAUGAGGAACAACUGGAAUAUCAUAAGCAGCAGCAUGAGCAGCAAUUCUAAGAAUUUCAGUCAUACCACCAACCCACAUGAUAUCUGGUUGAACAAUGUCAAGAUUACGGCCUUCAAUCAAUUUUCUAAAUCCAUAUCUGGUGUAUUCAUGCUCACCAGUAGUCCAUUUCAUUCUUGGGUGAGCUCUCUUCAAUAAAGCGUAACCUUCAACGUCAUCAGGGUGAAGAGUUUCUUCAAACCAGUUGAUGUUAAGAUCUUGAGUAGCGUCAGCCAAUUGAAUAGCAUACUGAACAUUAAGAGACAUGUAACAAUCAACCAUUAAUGGGAAAUCUGGGCCAACGUCUUCACGAUGCUUUUUCAAAAAUGCAACAUUCUUUCUUAAGCCUUCAAAUCCUUCAUCUGGUCCAUAUGGAAGGGCAACCUUUCCACCCCAGAAUCCCAUCUUUUUAGCAGCUACAGGAUCACAUCCAGUACAGUAGAAGUCUAAUUUGUCUCUAGUAGCACCUCCAAUCAUCUUGUACACUGGCUCGUUU